AUGACAAUUUUUGAUAUUUCAACUGACACCAUAAAUUCUGACCGUAUUAGAGAAGAAACCUGCAAAGAUCGAGAACUACAAGAGAUCAUCGAAGAAUUAAGUUCGACUUCUAAAGACUCUUCAUUCACAAUCGACCAUGGAAUACUAUUUCGAGAUCAACGUGUUGUAAUUCCCAAAUCAAUGCAAAAUGAAAUACUUCAAGAACUACAUGUGACACAUUUAGGUGUUACAAAAAUGAAACAACUGAGUAGAAGAUAUUGUUUCUGGAAAGGAAUCGAUAAAGACAUUGAAAGUUUCGUCAAAGCCUGCCCCGAGUGCAUCAAAAUCAAACAUAGUGCAUCGAAAGUACCGCUACACCAUUGGGAGAUGCCUAACGAAAAUUGGGAUAGAAUACAUAUAGACUAUGCGGGUCCCAUAGGCAAUCAACACUUCUUGGUAGUAGUAGAUGCGAAAUCCAAAUGGGCAGAAGUACGUGUUUUAAAUGACAGUCCUAAUAGUUUAAAUUCAAUUGAGCUAUUAAAUGGUAUAUUCUCAACACAUGGAUAUCCCAAACAAAUCGUCUCUGAUAAUGCAACCAUUUUUACCAGCAAGCAGUUCAGCCAUUAUUGUCGUGAUCACGGGAUAAGACAAAAAUUUAUAGCUCCAGGGCACCCCGCAACAAACGGGUUAGCAGAACGAAAUGUGCAAACGCUAAAAAGACGUCUUGAAUCAAUGAGAAAUGAAAAAUCAUCUAUUUCUGUAAAACUACAAACCAUUUUGCUGCGUUAUAGGGCAACCCCACUUAUAGAUGGGAAAUCACCAGCAGAAAACUAUCUUCAUAGAAGGGUUCGAAUUCGAUUGGAUGCGAUUCGACCAUAUUUCGAGGGUUCCUCCAGUUCAGCGACUCCACCUGUGCGUUCACUUCAGGAGAAGGAGAGAGUGAUUGCAAAAUGCUUCGCAAAUAACAAAAUCAUAUGGAAACCGGGUACAGUGCUCAAGAAAUUCGGGAAAUUGCACUAUUUAGUCGAAUUAGACGAUGGGUAUAAAUUUAAACGUCAUAUUGAUCAGCUACAAAAAAGUGGACUGAAAUCUGUUAAAUUUCAAGAUCCACCAGAGCCCCGUUGUCAGAAACAAGACGAAGAAGAUACAUCAAAGGGCCUUCACUUCCCACAAGAUGAACAUUCACACUACCAAACGAUGCUGGAUGCUACAAGGCAAGACGUUCCAGUGUUGGAUACACCAGUUCCAGAUGUACAAGUUUCGGUUCCAGAACUACGGCGAUCAAAGAGAGACAUUAGACCACCAGCAAAAUUAACUGAUUAUGUUCUUCAAUAA